AUGAAGUCGGUUAGACCAAUACUAAUUCAUUUUAUUACAUUCUUUUUAACAAGUGGAAAUGUCUUUGCAGGAAAUGGUGAUGUUAAUCAAUAUUCAAGUGAUUUUGGACGAGCAUUAAACGAUCUUAUGAUCGCUUUUAACGAGGCUAAAAAAAUGUAUGCAAAAUUUUCUGAACAGAUCACGUACACUAUGUUUCAUACCUACAAAAAUAGUAUUGAUAUACUAAAAGCAGAUGAGAAGAAUGGUGGUCAUAAAAAUUACCUUGAAAAGAAAGAAAUUGAGCUCAAAAGUAAAACUGUGGAAUUUGACGUCAUUUUUUCAAACAUUGAUUUAAAUAAUAGUACGGUUAAAAAUGAAAUAAUUAAACUGCUUAAUGAUAUAUCCACUAUCUCUACCGAUAUUAAGUCAAUUGUUGAUGAAAUAUACUAUAAGGCUCUUGGUACAAUUGAAGGUGAAAAUGCUGAAAAUUUUGAGUAUGAAAUUAAGAAAAAGAAAGCUGAACUACUUAGAAACCUGCUGAAUGAUAAUAUUAAACCAAUUAUGGGAUAUUUAACUGAGAUAUACAAUAUGCACAUACCAAUUAUAUCAAAUAAAAGCGAAUUUAAUGAUAUCAAGAAAGCAUUUGAAAAGCACGAAUUAGAAGCUAAUGUUUUGAUAUCCAAGAUAUUAGAAAAUAAUCAGAAUUUUGGCACUAAUUUUAAUGACAUUUUAAAUGAAGUGAAUGGUGCAAUUGAAGAAUUUAAUAAAACUAUUGACGUCAUGAAUAACACCAUUGGGGACCUUGGUAUUGUUAUUGACAGCGGUAUUAUUUCAAGCAUAAAAUCACAUAUUUCCACAAUCGCCAAGAUUUCUAAAGCAAUAAUCCCUGGACAAAUGGCAUUAGUUUUUACUGCAUUAAUAUUAAUUCUAAAUUAA